AUGCCCUUCGACUCCUCUCGCUCUGCAAAGCUACCUCAACGACCGAAUUCAAAAACGGCCGAGCACGGCACCAAGCCUGCAAAAUGCAAGAGUGUCACAAAUAAGCAGGGGCAGACCUCCGACUCUACUGUCAUCGACCUAAGUUCCCUUACUCUCAUGGAUACUCAUCCAUAUUCCUCUUCGUCUCGCCAUGAGGACGCUGGGGACUGGGUUGUCGUCCAAACCGACAGCGCCCCACCGUCGAAUUACAGUGACGAUAUUCACAGCUAUGGACCGGGUCAGGAGCUGUCGGCGACAAACGUCCAGCUCUUCGAUACUUUAAAUAAUUGUCCACCUAGCGUUUGCGAGGCAGCCGAGAACGGCGAGGGACGUCGUUGUCACCGUCGUUGCCCCAAGUGCCGCGGCGGUAGUGUCAAGACCCAUGUGUCCACGGCUACGCGCAACUCCUACCUUGUUGAGAAUGCCCGACAUCUUGACCCAUGGGCCCCUGUUAGCACCGACUUUUAUGAGUCUGAUGUUUUUGCUGUUGGUGCGUGGGCAAUGGAAGGGGAUGCAGAGACCACGACCUACCACUACGCAACGACUUUCUAA